GCCCGCCUCCCGGCAGCGCCCAGCCCGGCACGGAUCGCCCCGGAGGGGCUGCGGCUGCUGCGGGGCGGAGCGGCCCCGUCCCCAUCCCGAGCAUCCCCCGCGUCCCCGUCCCGUGCGGGGUGGCGGCAGCCCCGCAGCCCCGCCCCGCGCGCCCCCGCCGCCUCGCAGCCCCGUCCCGUCCCGACGCGGCUGAUGCUUUGAAUGAAGAUGGUGAUCCGCGUCUUCGUCGCCUCCUCCUCGGGCUCAGUGGCGGCAGCAGUAUGUCUGAGUACAACCUAGCCAGAGAAGAAGAGAUAAUUCAGUGAAUGAAGAUAAAGAAGAGGCAGCAAGAUGUGGUGAGGUUUCUGGAAGCUAAUCGCAUAGAGUUUGAAGAAGUGGAUAUCACAAUGUCAGAGGAGAAGAGACAGUGGAUGUAUAAAAAUAUUCCUGAGGACAGACAGCCCGCACAAGGCAAUCCACUGCCACCACAGAUAUUCAGUGAUGAUCGGUACUGCGGGGAUUACGAAGGCUUUUUUGAAUCAAAGGAGAGCAACACUGUCUUCUCCUUUCUUGGACUGAAACCUACUUUAGCAUCAAAGCAAUCGGAACCCUAGAAAGCCUAUCUGAAGUAUCGACAAGCACAUCUCCUGGAUGAAUGACCCUAUUCUUCAGCACACAACAGCUUCCCUAAUGGAUCACUGUGAUAAAGCAAACACGCAUCAUUAGUAAUAGUCUGCUUGCCAUGAGAUGGUGCUCUCCAAUAAUGUGGACUUAAUAACACAUAUGUGAAACAGCAUUAAGGCCAGGCUACUCAUCUUCCUUUUUAAAAAUACUCACUGUUGAUGUAUCGUUUCUGUCUUUGGAUUGCUUUGGCAGCUGGCACUGGUAUUCUAACGGGCACGUAUGUUUGAAUAUAAGCAGUGCAAGUGCAGGGUUUCUGUUGCCCAUGGAUAUACUUUUGUAGUCGGAUUCCUUACUGUUUUUUAUUCUUCCCACUUCUGUAGCUGAAAUUAGCUCAUCAUGAUAAUGCUGGUGGUUAUUAGAAUGUUUGUGCUGGCUCUGAUCCAAUCAUAAGAUCUCAGACUAAGCCAAUAACUGCCAUAUUUUUGCUCUACAUUUAUUUAUCAUUACGUUUAUGCUAGAUCAUGUUUGUUGUAAGAGACAUGGGCUGCUAACCUUGUACAUGAAAACUUGGUUUGUCUCAUGAUGCACAUUGCAACUGACUUUAAAAACAAUUGUUACUAUGAAGGAGGUGCCAAUAUGAAAUAUUUUUACAUAGUUUCUCUCCCAAAUGCAGGUGAAAUAUACAGGAAAACACUUCAUGGAAAAUACUUGGUAGUUCAGGAGAAGAGCCGUCAUAGCUAAUGAUAAUAUUAAAUUAUCUCUUAACUGCAAAAUAUUAAACAGCCAGAGUUGGAGCUCUAUAGUUGCACUGUCUUAAAAUGAAAUUUUGCCAAAACCUCAAGUUUACCUUCAGUAACACAGAGCUCUACCAUUAGCCACGAGAGUCAGGGGUAUACUUUGAGAGCCAGGGCUCAGUCUCAUUGAUAGUCGAAUACUCUACCACAGUCCAGGAGCACACCUAACUCACCCAGCUGUGUUGUCUUGAUAUAUCCCCAGGUGAGGAAAUUCUGGAGGUGCCUCAGAGACAAUGAGAAAGCUGAGCGUGUGCUUUGCUGGAUGAGGCCACAAUAGUCAGCUCAGCUGCGGAACAGGAGCCAAGUAAAGAAAGUGGAGAUUGUUCCAGUGUAACUGCAGUGAUGCACGUAGCAGAACUUAAGGCCCAUGACUUGCCAAUAACCAUUACGAAAUGCAUUCUAAACAGAAGAAAAAUUGCAUUAUGCAUUUUGAAUCAUAUCUGACUGUGAAAAUAGCAGCUAUGCUGUAAUGUAGCUUUUACUCAAGUGAUUUCAUGAUGAUGGGGUAGUGCCAGUCCAAUAAAUGUCCUUACCUCUUUGGUUUCAUGAAAAACCAUUAUGUGGCAAAGAUUCUUUGUAAUCACAGCAUCCCUCAGACUGUGUGGCUUGAAGGAAGUCAAACUUGUAGGAAGUGUCAGAAAGCAAGACUGUCUGUGCAACAAACCACCUGUUCUGUUUAAAACAGUAACCAUGGCAUCCAAGGCAUGUUAGUUGUAAGGGACAACUGGAAGUCAUCUUGUCCAGCACUGUCAAAAUCAGGGCUAACACCAACACUGCUUGGAUUGGCUACAGGUUUGAAAAACAUCCAGAGGUGAAGAUCUCAUAACUCUCUAGGUAACCUGUGCCGCAGUACUCUCCUAGUGAAAAAUUUUUUUAAUGCCCAGCCUCAACUCCCACGCUCUAAUUUGUUGUGAUUGCAUUUGCUAUGUUUUCUGGCACUCACAGGAAGAGACUGGCACCAUCCUUUUUGUAACUGCCCUGAAGAUAGUUGUAGGUCACCAUUAGAUCACUUCUUAGAUGCUUUCUU